CCUUAUAUCCACCCUGAUCUCUUCCACCUCUGCUCACAGUCCCUGCAGAUAGCUUGAGGGCUAGAGAUCUCUCCUUCUCGUUCCUCCUCUUCCCUCGGAUGACUACCAUCUACAUGAGCCAUCUAUCUACUCUCCCUCUAAUGGAUGGAGAUCAAGAUCAAGGGCACUUUCAAGCCUUUCAUCUACCCAAAGAUCCUCCUAUCUUGUUCCCUUUCAUGAUCGACAACCCAGUGGAGCAUCAAGGGCAAGGCUAUGGAGACCAGCACUCGAGGCAGCAAUUUUUUGGUGAAUCUAAUCAGCAGUUCAAUGAUCACAUGAUGAUGAGCGGAGGAUCUGCGGACGUCUUUGCCACAUGCUCCCCGUUCGGACCUACCAUCCAAAGCGUCGGCAGUGACAUGAUCCAGAGAUCCUCAUACAAUUCCUAUGAUUUCGAAGCCACACAUGCCGGCGAUGGAUCGACUAGCCAGUGGGCAUCCGCCAAACCGCCAGUGAAGAUGAGGAUCAUGAAAAAGGCGCCAACGAAUGAUCACCAAGGAGGGACAGCGAGAAAGCCAAGGAGAAGGGCACAAGCACACCAAGGUGAUGAGAGCCAGCAGCUGCAGCAUCCCAUGGGUGUUAUCAGAGUGUGCUCAGACUGCAACACCUCCAAUACCCCCUUGUGGAGGAGUGGUCCUUGUGGCCCCAAG